GUGUCCGGGCUAGCGGCCUGGGUUGGGCUUUGUAGCUGCUCCGCAGGCCCAGCCCGGGCCGCGCUCGCAGAGUCCCAGCCGGUGCGCGGCCUCCUGCCUCCUCCUUCCUCGGCGGUCGCGGCCCGCCGGCCUCCGCGGUGCCCGCCUUCGCUCUCAGGUUGAGGAGCUCAAGCUCGGGAAAAUGGUGUGCAUUCCUUGUAUCGUCAUUCCAGUUCUGCUCUGGAUCUACAAAAAAUUCCUGGAGCCAUACAUAUACCCUCUGGUUUCCCCCUUCGUUAGUCGUAUAUGGCCUAAGAAAGCAAUACAGGAAUCCAAUGAUACAAACAAAGGCAAAGUGGACUGUAAGGGUGCAGACAUGAAUGGAUUACCAACAAAAGGACCAACAGAAAUCUCUGAUAAAAAGAAAGACUAAAGCAAUUUUCCUAAAGGACCUCAUCAUUUAAAAAAUGGACCUGAUAAUAUGAAGCAUCUUCCUUGUAAUUGUCUCUGACCUUUUUAUCUGAGACCGGAAUUCAGGAUAGGAGUCCAGAUAUUUACCUGAUACUAAUCAGGAAAUACAUGAUAUCUGUAUUUAAAAUGUAGUUAGUUAUAUUUAAUGACCUCAUUCCUAAGUUCCUUUUUCGUUAAUGUAGCUUUAAUUUCUGUUAUUGCUGUUUGAAUAAUAUGAUUAAAUAGAAAGUUUGUGCCAGUAGACAUUAUGUUACUAAAUCAGCACUUUAAAAUCUUUGGUUCUCUGAUUCAUAUGAAUUUGCUGUUUGCUCUAAUUUCUUUGGGCUCUUCUAAUUUGAGUGGAGUACAAUUUUAUUGUGAAACAGUCCAGUGAAACUGCAGGGAAAUGAAGGUAGAAUUUUGGGAGGUAAUAAUGAUGUGAAACAAAGAUUUAAUAAUUACUGUCCAACACAGUGGAGCAGCUUGUCCACAAAUAUAGUAAUUACUAUUUAUUGCUCUAAGGAAGAUUUAAAAAAGAUAGGGAAACUUCUUUGAAAAAUGAAACAUCUUUUACAUAAAUGUCUAAUUAUAAAAUUUUAAUCCUUACUGCAUUUCUUCUGUUCCUACAAAUGUAUUAAACAUUCAGUUUAACUGGUA